UAUUAGGGUUUUGGGUUCUUCGUGUGAGACGGCGUACCCCGAGCUUUUGGCCUCUCCCUUCAAUGGCUUCCACCGAUGCUCAGUUGGCGCCGCCGGCAUCCCGUGUCAGCCGUGAGGCAGCAGGCCGCGCGGUGGAUGCUCUUCUCAAGUGGAUGCGUGGGCAGGCUAAGCAACGCAAAGCUCAGCUCCUGGAGCACGACGAUCUCCUCUACCUCGUGCUUACCCUAAAGAAGAUCCCUCCCAAAGGCCGCAUCAACGCCUACCGGAUCCCUCUCCCCCACCACCUCUACGACCUCUCUUCCACCUCCGCCUGCCUCAUCGUCGAUGACCGCCCCAAGUCCCCUCUCUCCGCCGCCGCUGCCCUUGAUGUCGUCCGCUCCCUCGCCCUCCCCGUCUCUGAGGUCAUCCCACUUUCCAAGCUUCGCUCCGAUUACCACCCGUUUGAGGCCCGCCGCCGCCUUUGCGACUCUUAUGACUUGUUCUUCGCUGAUCGCCGUGUCAUUCCAUUGCUUCCCAGGCUCAUUGGCAAGCACUUCUUCAAAAAGAAGAAGAUCCCGCUGCCUCUUGAACUGUCCCGCAAGUCUUGGCCGGAGCAGCUCCGGCAGUGCCUUGGUUCGACCCUGCUGUAUCUCCGGUCGGGAACUUGCAGCGGGCUAAAGGUCGGUAGGGUUUCACAGGACCGGGAUCAAAUCGUUGACAAUGUGCUCGCCGCCAUCGAUGGUGCUGUGCAGCUCGUGCCAAAGAAGUGGUCCAAUGUUAGGUCUCUACACCUCAAGUCAGUGGAGUCCGUAGCCUUGCCAAUCUAUCAAACAUUGCCCGAAUUGGGUUUGAAGAUUGAGCCUUUGCAGAAGGAGGAGGAGAGGAAACAAGAGCAAAAGGAGGAUGAUGCUGCUGAUGAAGUUGUAUUACAGACCCCCAAGCUAUCACAGAGUUCUAAGAAGAAAACUAAGAGGAGGGGAAGGAUCCACGAAGGACUUUACCCUGAUAGUCAUGGGAUGCUUGAACAAGGGGAUGACAAGAAGGUCGGUCUGGACGAUGACAUUGCUGUUGAAGGUUCGGAAAGGUUGAUAAAGAAGAAGAGGAAGAAGGAAUUGAAGGUUGGAAAAGAAAAAACUGACAAGAAAGAUGGUUUACCAUUGAUGAUGGAUGGAGACUUUGCUGCUGAGGAUGAAUUGAAGGAUAACAGUAAAGUGAAGAGCUUGAAUGGCAAAAAGGUGAAGAAAGUUAAAAAGAGUAAGGUGAGAACUUAAACAGAUUGAUUUAAAAAUGCCUGCUUGUUUUUUUGUUUGUGGCUUGAGCUUUAUUUAUUAUCAGAAGGGAUUUAUUGUAUUCCUUUUCUAGUAUUCGCCUUCUGAUCUGUCAUCCAUGUUUUGACUUCUUUUUGGUAUGAUAAGGAGAUAUAAUCUAUGUUGGUCUCUUCAUCUUGUUCACUUCACUUGUUGUUUUGCAAGAUUGAAGCAGAAAGCUAGGCAUGUUCUUUUGAAUUUUUAUUCAGUUAUGAUGAGGAAAUUAAUCAAAGGCAUGUUCUUGA